AGGUGUCAGUAACAGAACAUUGCAAUGCGGACUGUUUAAAUAUAGAUCCUUUGAAUACGUAAAGAAUACGUCGUAUUAUUAAUUCCUUGCGAUACAGGAGGACAAAUGUCUCACAGCACAUGUAAUACACUGUGGUCUGAAGCUCACGAGGAGCUCAGCUGUUUACUGGCUCAAGAACUUCCAGAGGAACCUCGACGUCCUGAAAGAGACAGAGUGGUGUUCUUUCAAAGGCUCGCCACCAUCUACGUCCGUUACGUUCAGAUCUUUAGGCAGCUAGAAGAGGCCUAUGACCAAAGCCUUCACCCGCAAAAGAGACAAGUGAUCAGACAGGUGCUGGAGGGUGUGAUGGGGCGCAUUCUGGAGCUCAAAAAUGAAAUGGUGGAAAAGGAAUUUUCAGAGUACCACUAUAUGGAUGACAUCAUUCAAGACCUGAAAUUAACCCCUGAGGACCUUGAGAUUCCCAUCCCCAGUUACUUCAUUCGAGAGCGGAACAAAGUACUGGAGGAAAGAGAAAAAAUGUUUGCUACCGUUUUAAAUCAAAUGGAUCCUUUAGACAAACCGGAACCUCCUGUAGUGCGAAUGUUGACUCUGGAGAGGUCCGUUAAAAUCAUCCAGGUUUCUGAAAGAGCACGGCAAGGUCGACUGAGGGCAAAGUUCAUGAGAGAGAUCUAUAAGGAUUCUCAGAGAAAAGCUAAAGAAAAUGGGGCGAUUACCCCUGACCGGGCCGCACUAACUAUACAGAAGGUGUGGAGAGGCUUUGUGCAAAGGAAGAAGACCAAAAAGCUGCGUGAGGAGGAAAUGAUAUUUCUUGGAAUGGCCAUGGAUCCAAAACUGCCAAAUCCAUCUCCAUUGAAACUGGCUACCCAGAACAACGAGGCCAACAGACGAUUAAGACAAGAAGAACAUGAAGAUGACUAUCACAAGUCCAUUAGUUCUGUUAUUUAUCAGAUCAGGGAAGUGGAAGGUCCAGAAAUGAAGGAGACUAUGAAAGAUCAGAUCCGGCAGUGGUUCAUUGAGUGCCGUGAUGCAACAGGAUCCUUUCCUGACUACCCAGAAGAGGAGGAUGGAGGUUCAGCUCUUAUAUUUGCUGAGAAAACACCUGAGCAGCUGGCAGAAGAGUUGGCAGCCAAAGAGGAGGAUGAUGGCAACAAAAGGCAGAAGGGAAAGGAAGAGACAAAGGAUAAAGAAAAGAGAAACAAAGGGAGGGUUGAAGAAGAGGAGGAAGAGCCUGGACUGAGGAUGCUACCGUCUGCUUUUUUGAACGAUCUUGAGAAAGGACACAAAACAUUUUCUGAGGUCUGGCAAAACAGAAAGGAGUCUAAGAAUUUCAGUCAAAGACAUGAGGCGGAGCUGAUAAAAGAGGAGAAGAGAAAAGAGAUUGAGUUGGAAAUAAGAAAACAGGUGGAUGAACUGAUGCGACAGGAGCUGGCCAAUUGGAAGCUGGCUGUGGAUAAAGAAAAAAGUGGGAAGUCCAAGGGGGCUGCAAAAAAAAAGAAGGCAGCGAAAAAUGGAAAGAGGAAGAAAAAAGACAAAGACCUCACACCAGACAGGACCUUGGAGUCACUGUUCGAAGAGCUGGUUGAACAGGAAUUGCUGAAAAAAGCAGAUAAUGUUAAACUAAAAGAUUAUCUAGGAGACUAUAGUUACCUUGGAACAACUCUACGACAGUCUGACAUCGAGCCUAUGCCGUCUUUAUCUGAUGUUCGGCAGGUUGUAGCCCUGUAUGCUGUCCUGCCUUUAGGUUCCCAAGCAGUUCAUGAGAAAGCUCCGCCAGUGAAGGCUAUGCUGCUAGUGGGGCCAUCAGGAGUAGGUAAGAAAAUGCUGGUCCAUGCCAUCUGCCAGGAGACUGGAGCCAACCUGUUUGACCUUUCACCUUUAAACGUGGCUGGGAAAUACCCCGGUAAAAGUGGACUGCAGAUGAUGUUACAUAUGGUGUUUAAGGUAGCCAGACUAAUGCAACCCUCUGUUAUAUGGAUUGGAGAUGCUGAAAAGAUGUUUUACAAAAAAGUACCAAAGGAUGAAAAGGAGUUAGAUCCAAAGCGCCUGAAGAAAGAUUUGAACAAAAUUCUCAAGUCCAUCAGAGGGGAAGAUUGUGUUCUGAUAGUGGGAACGACGAAUGAUCCACACAGUGCAGAGCUCAAGUCCUUCUGCAAAUUCUACAAUAAAAUCAUCCUCAUACCUCGACCAGACUACGCAUCCAGAUAUGUGAUAUGGAAAGAGCUGAUAAGAAAGAAUGGUGGUGAAGUGACCAGCGAUCUGGAUCUCAGCUCUCUGGCAAAGAUCUCUGAUGGAUACACGCAAGGUCACAUGGUGCAGGUGGUGCUGAGCGUCUUGACCGAACGGCGCAUUCAACAACUCCCUAAAAGACCACUAACGGCUUCAGAGUUUGUGUCUCAUCUUGCUAGAAUCGACCCUGUGUUUCAGGAAGAAGAAGAGGCCUUGAAAAACUGGUAUGCCAAGACUCCCCUCGGCAAGAAGAGAGUUAAAGCCUCCUCGGGAAAAGAGGGUGAUGAAGAGACACCUGAAAAAGGAGGUGGCAAGAAAAAAGGAAAAAAGUAAUCAGUAUCACAUUUCCCUGCCUUUAUCAAUGAUUGAUUGGUAACACUUAAAGCAUAUAUGUAUAAUGCAUUAUAAAAGUAGUUUUAAUGUAUUAAUUAUGCCUUGUAAUGCACCUUAUAAUGUCUCAUGAAUAAUUGUAACCAGUGUUGGGUGUAACUAGUUACUAAGUAAUUAGUUACUGUAAUUUAAUUACUUUUCCCUUGAAAAAGUAAAGUAAGGGAUUGCUCUUAUUUUUUCUGUAAUUUAAUUA